AUGGAAAAUAUUUUUCAAAAUAAAAAUCAUAUUCAAAAUCGAGAAAAUCCCUGCAGGGUUCGUCGAGGUGAAAAUGCUGAUGAUGUUGUGCAUGGUUUACGUGGUGAUCGUUAUCAGGUUACUCGAAUUGUAGAGGAGGUUUUAAAUCGGGUUGGAUUGAAUGUUGGUUUUAUGAAUCAACCACAUUUUGUAUCUGCUUUCCCCCAAGUAAUUCAAAUGGUUGAAGUGCCAAGAGGGGUGAAAAAUCUAAAAAUAACCACAAAAUUUGCUGGAGAAGUUGGAGAGUCAACUAUUGAGCAUGUUGCUCGUUAUCUGGUCAAGAUUGAGAACCUAGCUAAUGAUGAAAAUUUGAAAAUAAAAUUUUUUCCUUCAUCAUUGAUGAAAAAUGCAUUCACUUGGUUUUCGAAUCUUAGACCAAAUUUGAUUACAACAUGGAAUCAGUUAGAAACUGCCUUUCACGCUCAGUUUUAUCGAGGGGAAAUAAAUGUAGCAGUUACUAAUCUAAUAGCUUUGAAACGUGAAGAUGGUGAAACCAUCGAUGAUUAUUUAAUACGUUUCAAAAAUGUUAGAAGUAGAUGCUAUGUGACAUUACCUGAAAGUGAGAUCGUGAAAAUAGCAACUGUGGGGUUAGGAUUCUAUAUGCGUAGGAAAUUGCUUAACGUGCAUAUUCCUGAUUUGGCUCAUCUGGCUGAAAAAGUUCGGCAGACGGAGCUUAUGAAAAAGGAGAAAGAGAAACAUAGAAAUGAACAGAGAUCGAAGAGUAAACCUUUUACUUGA